GGUCAUCGUCAAUGUAUUGGACAAGAUUUAGCUCGAUUAGAACUCAAAAUAAUUCUAGCUCGCAUGUUACAACAGGUGACAAUCGGUGAUGGCGGUCCUGAAUUUAAUACAGGUGGUUGCAUUCAAAGACUGACUAUCGUACCGAAACACGUCGGAGUUACUAUUCAAUUUAGUUAA